CCUCCAGUCACUUUCAGUGUAGGUGAGAGUCUCCUCAGCUCGGCUUCGUCUCGCUCCUGCAGGGAACAAAACGCACACACAGAGGUUUCGGGGCAACAGGGUGUGACCGCCACAAAACGCCAACAUGUCUGACGGAAAGAAAAUGACGUCCAGCCGCCGGCAUCAACUGAAGAGUCUGGUCCUCUCUAUCGGCGCCAGCUGGAUCGAGCAGGAGAAGAAGGACCUCGUGGUGGCGAAGGCGGCCUACAUUGCCGAGAACUGCCCCGCCCCCGAACUCAGCGGAGACCAGGCCGCCCUCAUGGAGUUUUGCAAAAAGCUACACCAGGCUAUCGACAAGGUGGACGAGGCGAGGUACGACGCCGAGGCCAAAGUUAAGAAGACGGAUGCAGAGAUUGAAGAUCUGAAGCUGAAGGUGGUGGAUCUGGCCGGAGUGAAGAAACCCGCCCUGAAGAAAGUGCGUAUGUCGGCCGACGCCAUGCUGAAGGCUCUGCUGGGAGGACAACACAAGGUGACCAUGGACCUGAGGUCCAACCUGAAGCAGGUCAAGAAGGAGGUCAAAGAGGAGACGGUAGAUGCGGGCGACUGGCGUAAGAACAUUGAGGACAAAGCCGACAGGAAGAAGAUGUUCGAGACUUCCUAAAAACCUUCAGACGGACGAUGGAGGGGGAAACGUCUCCGACCGAGGUCUGGGUGACUCAAAGUGUCUCUGUGUUCCUGAUGGACGACGGCAGUUUAGACAGUUUUUUUGUUAUUUUUUAUCAUUUUUGUGAUACCCCCGAGAUACUUAACUGACACCAAGUAACGGCAACAUGUACUCAGUUAAAACGUUAAAAACAUAAUUUCAAAGUGUACAGGUUUUCAUGAAAUCAUUAGAAAUAAAUGUUUUGAAAUCAGGAA